GCUUCUUGAUCUCUUCGCAAGAUCGAGUGUAAGUAAGCUGAAGAAGAAGAAAAACAGGGAAGAGAUACUACAUAUUUGGAGGGAAUCGGCGAAUGAAUUUACUAGAACUACCGCCAAAUAGAAGCUAACAGUCGCAGCGAAGGCCUCAAAGUAAAUUGGAGCCAUGCGACCGAUCCUUGUCAUCCUGGUUUUCUUCUCAGGAUCAGUACUCUCAAAAUACUAUGAAAAAAAACGCUUUGACCGCUCCAUCUACGAUGACUUUGAAAUACCGAAUAUUGGCAAACACUUAGUAAAGAAACAAUGGACAUUUACUGAUUAUGAAACGCAUUUUAGUGCAUAUAAGGAUAGAGAAGAAAACAAUUGCUAUGUAGAGAAACUAGAAGACAAUAUCGCUGCAGAAGGGCUUUCAGAAAAUGGAAUUGAACAGAAGCAAACAUCAAAAGUUCUUUAUGCUCCAAACGAAUUUUUGACAAAAUUAGAGGCAUGGCAAAUUGCAGGAGCUAGAAUAGUUGAUUUCUGUAAUGGCCACAAAAUUAUUUUACUACAAAAAACUAUUCCAAUAUUCGAACAAACGAUAGAUCCUUUUUUUAAUAUACUUCCUCUGGAUGAAAAUGAUAUCGUAACAAGAAGAGUAGCUGAUAUACUUCUAACACCACUGAUAAGUCGAGCUAAGAGACAAGUCGCGCUUGAAGAAAGGCAGAAACUUAAUAAAAACUUUAAACGAAAUCGUUUGCGUCGUCAAGUACAACCAUCUCCAGGAAAAUUUCGAGGACAGACACAAUCUCAAUACUUAAGUAUCGGUAAUAAUGAACAGAAAGAAGGCAAGGCCGAGGCUGAAGCUACUCAACAAUCUUCCCGCGCAGUUGUUACUGGAAGCAAUGGUAUGGGGCAAGCACAGAGUAUGUCAUUGGGUAGUAGUGGAUGUGAAGAUUGUUCAAAAUAUACUGGUGAAAAUGUUCCAGAUAGAUAUGUUCAAAUUCCAGCAAUCAAACAACCAGGAGAUAAUACUGUUGGACAACCGGGCAUGAUCACUCCUGGAAUGGGUACAACUUAUCCUAGUAAAAUACCUGCUAGUACAGUUCGAGAUCACAUGCCUUACCUUGGUAACAUACCUGAUACUAGUGGUGGUGCAAUGUAUCCUGGACGUAUACCUGACACUGCAACUGGUAGUGAUGCAUCAUACCCAACAAGAGUAGGUGGCACAAUUUAUCCCGGAAAUAUACCUACUACUACAAUUGAUGGUAGAGUAGUCCAUUCUGGAAGUGUAUCUGGAGGAACUGUACCUGGUACAACAACUGCUGGUGGUGUAGCUUAUCCUGGAGGAGUUCCUGGCACUAUAACAGGUGGUGGUGCAGUUCACCCUGGUGGCUUACCUGGUACUGUAAUAAGUAGGCAUAUACCUUAUUCUGGAGGUGUACCUCGUACUACUGGUGGUGGUGUUGCUUACCCUGGAAAAAUACCUACUACUACAACUGGUGGUGGUGUUGCUUACCCUGGAAAAAUACCUACUACUACAACUGGUGGUGGUGUUGCUUACCCUGGAAAUAUACCUACUACUACAACUGGUAGUGGUAUUGCUUACCCUGGAAAUAUACCUACUACUACAACUGGUAGUGGUGUUGCUUACCCUGGAAGUGUACCUAGUACUACAAUUACUGGUAGUACAGUUUACCCUGGAGGUGUAUCUAGUGAUGGUGCAGCUUAUCCUGGAAGCAUGCCUGGUACAACAAUUGGUGGUGGUGUAACUUAUCCAGGGAGCAUGCCUAGUACAACAACUGGUGGUGGUAUAGGUUAUUCUGGAAGCAUUCCUAGUAUAACAACUGGUGGUGGUGUAACUUAUCCUAGAGGAGUGCCUGGUACUGUAACAGGUGCUGGUGCAGUUCACCCUGGAGGUGUACCUGGUGCAACAACUGGUCUAGAUGUAGCUUAUCCUGGAGGCGUGCCUGGUACUGUAACAGGCGGUGGUGUAGUUCAUCCUAAAGGUGCACCUGAUAUAACAACUGGUCGUGGUGUAGCUUAUCCUGGAGGAGUACCUGGUAUUGUAACAGGUGGUGAUAUAGUUCACCCUGAAAGCAUACCUGGUACAACAACUGGUCAUAAUGUAGCUUAUCCUGUAGGAGUGGCUAGAACUUUAACAGGUGGUAGUACAGUUUACCCUGGAGGUGUAUCUGGUAUUACAACUGAUGGUCAUAUUGCUUACCCUGGAGGUGUACCUAGUACUACAACUGGUGGUGUUGUAACUUAUCCCGGAGGUGUACUUGGUACUACUACUGGUGAUGGUGCAGUUUAUCCCGGAGGUCUGCCUGGUACUGCAACUACUGGUGGCAUAGCGUACCCUGGAAUAAUUUCUGGUACAACAACUGCUGGUGGUAUAGCUUAUCCUAGAGGUGUACCUGGUACUACGACUAGUGAUGAUGUUACUUACCCUGGAGGAGUACCUGGUACUGUAACUGGUGGUAGUGUACCUUACCCGAGUGGUGUUUAUACUGGUGGUACUGUACCAGAUACCAGACAUACUCUUCAUGGCCAAAUUAUAACAGACUCAAAAGCAAUUGGAGAUGCUAAAGUGUAUCCUGGUGGACAGUUCCCUACAGAAUUUUUUGGAACACCAGGUACACCAAGGACUUUUCCUGGUCGUCCAGCUGAUGUUACAAGUGUUUAUGGCAGUGGUAUUUCACCACCAGCAAGUCAAUUAGGAGAAACUGUACAUUAUCCAGGAAAUGUGAUACCAGGUAAAAAGAUUGAUGGAGGCAUUAUACCAGGAAUGUCUGUCACAGCUCCAAGUGGUGAUAUUACCUAUUCUACUGCACCAGGAACAAAUAAUCUUGAUGGUACAAGAGAUUCUUUCCAAGGAAAAUACUCAGAGAAUCGUGCAAUAAUACCGCAGAGCUAUCCAUUGCAAGGACAAUAUCCUGGCAGUUCAAGAUGGCAAGAUAAAGGAGCUUUAACUUCAAGUCUUGUGGGACAUGGACAAGUAAUUGAACAAUACCCAGGUGAAGGACAAGGUAUCAGACAAUAUCCUGGUAGCAUACAGUAUCCAUCCAAUAUAAGAUCCAUAACAAGUACUGGAGAGAUUCCUCAAUAUUAUCAACAACCUAAUAAUCUUUUACCUGUAGAAAAUGAUAACUCUAAUUCUCAAGCAUCUAGUUCUGUAAAACAAACAGAUUCAGGUACUCAAGCAAGCGCAUCCGCUCAAGGCAAGUUUCAACAAGGUACAGCUCAAUCUCAAGUAACAGGUACUUAUAGUGGUUCUGGAUCAUUCUCAGCUCAAGCUGGUAGUACUGACAUAAAUAAAAGUGCACAAGCUGAAAUUAAUGGUGGUAAAGAAGGUGCAGUAAGCAAUGCUCAAGGAGUUGGUGGUUAUGGAAAGAGUCAAACACAAGUUCAAUUAAAUUCAGAAUUAGGUGCUACAACAACAGGUGCACAAAGCAGUGGCUGGAAUCAUGGUACAAAUUCUCAAGUACAAGCAAGCUCCAAAGGUGGAAUGGCAGAUGCUCAAGCAAAUGGUGAAGGAAGUACUUCAAGUCAAGCUCAAAUUGGUUUUCAACCAUAUCUUAAGACAGAUGAAAAAAUUGAAAGAUAUUCGAAACCAUUCCGCGGAGGUGGAACAGCCUCCGCUCAAAGUGGAGCAUAUACAGGUCAAUCUCAAUCUCAACUUGAAGGAUCUUUCCAAUAUGGAAUUACUUACACUGGUGCUGCACAAGCAGGAUCGGGAUCUGGUGCAGCAACUUCUAGAAAGCCAUUCAACUUCAAUCUUACGGAUAGUGAGCUAUUUAAACCAUUCAAACCAUCUUAUAGACCACAAAUUAUACAGAAGAAUAGUAGUGAAAGGAUAAAUACAGCCUCAGAUAAUGAAUAUAAUCAAGACAAACUUCAGUCAGGUUUACAAACUAGUUCUAGUUUCCAAAGAAGAACUUUUACUAAGCCAGAUGACAAUUCGCGAAAUAUUACUAGUAAACCAGAUCAAUCUGUUGAAAAGUCCCAACUGGAUGAUUCAGUAUAUGAUUAUGAAGAAGAAUAUAAUGGCGAAGAUUAUGACAUGUCAUCAUUUCAAACUUCAAUGAAUCCGAAGAUUUCAAAAAACUAUGCUGCAGAACAAAAUAAUAGUAACUAUCAAUUACAAACAUUACAUGUUGCAGCUGGAAAUCAGUAUGACAUUCAUGUGAAACAAGAUACUAAUGCAGCACAAGUUGGUGAUGUCCUCCAACCUGGACAAUCAUUACAAUCAAGGUACACUAUACCACCUGGCUUUCGUGGUAGAAUAACAUCUGUAGCUGGUGAUAAAACUAUUACUCAUGGCAAUGGGAAAUCUCAAUCUCAAACAGUUUCUCUGAUUCCAAAAGAACCAAGUAUAACUUACGAAAAUAAAUCACCUAUUUCAGAAAUCAGAUCUCUUAAAACUAAUCAUGAAAGAUUAAUAGAAAAUCAUGCUGCAUCUAAAGAAAAGCAAAAAAAUUCUUUUCCACAAAUCCAAUAUCAAACUUCAACAGAAUAUCCGAAAUUCAAUUCUAAUGUACCAAUGAAACCAAGUUAUUAUACAAUAACAAACAGCAUUGCUGGUAAACUAGAUGGUAGAAAUUCACCAAGGAAAUAUGAACAUCGUUAUUACACGAAAAGUUCAACUUGUGGAUAUUUUACAUUCUCUUGCAAUAUUGUAUAUGGUUCUAAUGGUAGAACAAAAAUUUGCAAACCAAAAAUGCCGACAUAUCCCGAUGGUACUCCCAUGAAAUGUUAAAUAGUGAUUAUAAGGUUCAAAAACUCUCUUGUAUUGUUUAAAAAAACUUAGUUUUUAUUCAUAGAUUAUUUUAUACUUUACUAAUAUUAGAGAUAUUUUUUUAUUACAA